GGCGACUGUACGUUCCCCGUCACGUUCACCCCCUAAAGUCGGGCUUGAAGUGUCCACGGCAUGGACGCUGCUCGCGUCAAGGCACAGCUGCGCCUGACCUCACAACGUUUAGGGCAGCUACAGGCAAAGAAGGACUCUGAAGGCCAAAUUACUCGCGGAGACAUCGCUACUUUGUUACGGGACGGAAAUGUAUCCCUUGCUCGGGCCAAGGCAGCAAAGCUCAUCAAAGAAGAUGCACUGGGAGAUGUGUUAGAAGUGUUGGGAAUGCAUCUGGGCGUUGUGCUAGACCACUUUCAUGAGUUAGAGCGUAGUACACCCCCAAGUCCAGUCAUGGUGGAAGCUGCAUCAACUAUCAUAUUCGCGGCCCCCCACCUUGAUUCUAAGGAACUCCAUGUCGUGAGGGAUAUUCUUGCUGAGGCACUGGGCCCCGACUUUGCGCGCUCAGCCGUCACAAAUCGCGACAGCUACGUGUCUGAGAAGGUCGUACAAGCUCUCAACAUACCCAACCCUUCUAUAGCAGAUUUGGACGAGUUUCUCAGCAGCAUUGCGAAAGCGACAGGUGUCAAGUGGACCCCGGAAUUGAUGCCAGAACAAAGAGUGGAUGCGCUCUCUGAGCUUCUAGACCCGUCUUCGCCGACACCUGUUGUUGAUAUGCCUCGGUUGAGGUCCUUGUGUGUACAUGGCAUCCCUGAUCAUCCACCGUGGCUGAGACCUAGGAUAUGGAGAUUGCUCCUUGGUACCCUUCCGGUAUUGAGGUCCAGUUGGGGAACUGAAGCUAAGAAACAUAGGAAUGAUUAUUAUGAUCUCGUGCGCCGACUACUGGAGCCGUUCUCUACCCUUCCUCCCCCUUCGAAGCCGCUAGCUCCUUUAGAUGACGGCCUGUUGAAUGUGUACAGGGAAUUGAACCGUGUUCCGAGGGGUCUUUUUGAAGCACUGGAGGAAGAUACUGAACAGCCCGAGCCUUCUCCGCUGGACGAUUCAGCUCCUGAAGAUAUUAGGAUUUCCUGUGCCGGGAAUCUGAACGCCCGACUCCGAGCUAUCCAGUUGGCUGAACAUGGUGGACCUGCUGAGCAGUUCACGCCAGAGAUUCGUCUUGAAAGUGAUGACGACGCUGAGCCUCAUCUUGCCCAGCGAACUCUUCUUGAUCAGACAGCUCCUGGCGUAUCAACGACAUUGCACCCUUCGCACGCUUUCAGCGCUGCACCUGCACCGGAAAGACAUGCCUCAGCCUUGCUUCGUCUACUUUAUAUCCAUUCUCGCCUUAAUCCAGCUAAUCGCUCUCCACACAUCGCGUCGCUCCUGCUGCCCCUCUAUACCGUCUUGAGCAGGGAAAUUGACUCGCAGGAUUUGCCUCAUAUCGAGGCAGAUACGUUCUGGGUCUUCGAGGCCAUGGUCGGCGAGUUUUCCGAGUUAGAAGACGAGGAGGGCGGUGGAGUUUGGAUGCAGAGACUCGGUGAACGUCUUGCGUGGGCAGAUGAUGAUUUAGCUUCGAACCUAAGGGCAAAGGGUUUGGACCCGGCUCUCCCUCACUAUUCAUACCGCUGGCUGGCUCCGUUGCUCACUCACACCCUCCCGCUCACGGCUGUCUUCGCUGUGUGGGAUGCCCUCUUUAGUCGACCCCAGGCGACCAAGACUUCGAAUCCGAAGCUGGAUUAUCUACUUGAUAUAUGCGCUGGCAUGUUAAUUCGGGCCAAGGGUCCUCUCACUAGGCUCGGAAAGCCACAGUAUAAGUCAUCUAGCCUUUGGGCCGAAGACGAUACACUUCCACCUCCAUCGCCUCUGCGUGCCUGGGAACUGAGCGACGCUUUCAUGGAAGGCAUGGCGCUUUUGCAGACGUAUCCGGUGGAUGCUGUGGGGGGUAUCGACAGCGUACUGGAAACUGCGCUAGAAUUGCUCCGUCGUCGAGAAAAACAAAUGAACCCGGCCACGGCAGUAAACACAACUCUAGGCGCUCGAAUUCGAGACACAAUCUGGAGAGGUUUCACGAACCAAGUGACCGAUGUAUCACCCGAGGAAGAUGGAGACACAGAGGAUGAGGACGAAGAUGAAGACGUCGAUUCCUCUGAUGAGGACGGUAACGAAACGGAACCCGUUCAGGCCCAGAGGAACUCGGGUUUGACUUCGCGCUUGGCAAGUACGGUGUGGAAGGGUAUCACGAACCAAAGCUCUAUGGAAGUCCCGUCUUCUCCUAUGCCUCCAAGUUCUCCCUCUCCAAGUUCGGCUUCACUCCCGUCGCCAAAGUCAGAGACCAGUCAGUCCUCUGCUUUGACCUCCAGGCUAGCUACAUCUGUCUGGAAAGGAAUCACCAACCAGAGCUCGAUGGAAGUACCGCCGUCGCCCAUCCCACCGUCGUCUCCAAUGAGCUCAGGUACACAGUCGCCACUUCCAGAUACUCCGAGUACAACAUAUGGCCGUUCGCCGUCGCUACCUCGUAGCAGUAUCUGGGACUAUGCGGAGAAACUCAAAGAUUCUGAUACAGCAGCAACGCUAGCAAAAGUAAGCACGAAUUGGAAAGUGAAGGCUUUGCAGGCAUGGAACCGCACUAGCGCCCCAGGAACAGCAAGUACCCCCUCAACUCCUGCCGCUAUGUCAUCCGGACUUUGGGGACACUCCGCGGAUGAUCGCAGGGACUCGUUUGGGUCUACCGUCUCCGAGCAGGUCGGCGGCACAUCCAACAGGGGGCAUGUCUUCCGGCCAGGUCAUACCGAUCUCUACUCCCCUCCUCCUAGACCCGCUUUCUUCCGUCCGCCUCGUGACAGCAUGUUCCCCCAACCCCGAAGAGAGAUGUCAGAGUCCUCCUCACAUGCUGAAGACAUCUCUCCGCAGUCAGAGACGGGUAUCUUAGAAAAGACAAAGCAUCUUCAAGCAUCCCUCGCCUCUCUGACAGGUUUGCAGCAUCCUCCGCCAAAACAGACACCAAGGACUGGGCCGCGACCCCUGCUUCUGAGUUCAUCGUCAUUAAUAACGGCACCCAACGGCACGUCGAAGGUCGUUAAUGUCUCGAGCACGCCCACACCACAAACUAGACAGACUAAACAGUGGUCGGAGGUCAUGCAGGCCAGGGGCCAUCCAACGCGAAGCGCCUCUCAAUCCUCAGUUUCCACGACAUUGUCAGUGUCCCGACCCGGCGAUCGCAGCGACUAUGAGUCAGAUGCCGCCGGUAACCGGACCAGUCGAAUUGUGCCCCUCCACAGAUCGAGGUCUCCUAUGGCACCCAAUUUCAGGUUCGCCCAGAAUCGACCCGUAUCGACUUCGUCAACUGCGUCUUCAGAUAACGGACCCUCGAGGCCCUCGAGCUCUUACGCAACUGCUCGAAGGCAGGCGGACAGCUCUUCGGAAAAGGGUUGGGGCAGGGUAGACCUUCCGGACUCGCCUACCACUCUUCCUUCUUCACCCCCUCCACGGACGCCAACCUCAUCCGCGUUGUUUAUGAACGGGGUGACGAUCGAAAAUCCUGAACAGCAGCGUGGGUCAGUGGUUCUCAGCCCAUCUCAUGAACCGACGCUGGAGCCUCCUUUCCAAGGUAGAAGUGCUGCCAGGAGGAAGACACCCCCAUUAGCUGAUGUGGAUGCGAGCGAGGCAUCGGAUUCGUCAGCUCCAACCCCUUUCAAAAAUUCUCGACUGCGAUCUAAACGUGUUCCCGCGCGGCUAGCAGCCUUACGCAUUGAGGACGAUAUACAGCCGAACACAGUAAUUGAACAAUCGGAUCAUAGUGCCAACUCGUUGGCACCAGAGCCAACAGACUAUGAUUUAGCAUCGACUCCCAGGGCCACCGCUUUUGACUUUAACGGUGGAUCGACGGUAUCACCCCGGCCCCGUUCGCCUCGACGGACGCGUAAAACAUCGACCGAAGGGCGGGAGAUCCGAACGCGUAAAAUCUCAGCGGAAGGAAGAGUUCGGAAAACAUCCUCUGAUAAUCAUCGUCCCACCGACAGCGCAGCGGAAGAAGGUGACGACGAAGGCUAUAAUGAUCUACUGAGCGCAUACGAAAGUGAAGACGGCCCCUAG